CGCCGACCAGGAAUUACGACGCCAACUCCCACCGUCGCCGUCACCGUCACCGUCUAAAACGAGCAGAACAGCCAGAACUGCCACCGUCUUCCUCGUCGAUUCGUCGCUCGUCGUGCGCGGCGAUUUCCGACGGUAGCUGCGCGCAACUACGGGCAUCAGCGCUGAUUGUUCUCUUCGAUUUGUAUCCGAUUUCUUCAAUUCUCGAGGGUCGUGUUCAUAUGUCUAUAAUUAGUGUUAAUAGGUGUUUAUUGUAGCUACUCCCAGAGGGCAAAGAGACAGAAGAGAAUGUCUGGAUGCGGAUCAAUUUAAAGGUGUUUAUGGUUUGACUAUUUUAAUAGCAUGGUAACUUCUAUUAAGUUUUCGCACGGUUUGAAAUUAACUCAGUAAAUUAAUUGAAUUUUUUUGAAAUGUUUGUCUUUUACUUGCAUGUUUUUUAAAUCAUUGUAUUUGGAUACCAACCAGUGACAACCCGGUUCGCUAACCAAUUUAUUCGGGUUACAUGGGUUGGGGUUUAACACUGAGAAAAUUGCUUCUAGAGAGAAAAUGAGGGAGCCGGUGACCGACACUAGUGCCACCACAUUUCCUCCGCCCAUGGCCUUGCUUGAGAGGCUCAAUGACUAUGGCCAAGAAGAUGCUUUUGCCCUCUGGGAUGAGCUGAGCUCUCCCCUGACGAACGCCACCUUCUCGUCAAAGACAUUGAGAAUAUAGAUCUACCAAGGAUUGAUAGGAUUAUACGGUGCUCCUUUUGCUUUCAAGGCCUUCUGGCAUCAGCAAUUGAGCCAGUGCCAGAAAGCUGUGUGUCCGCUGUGGAUGAUCGGACGAUGGAAGAUAGAGAUAGAUGGUGGAAUAUUGGUAUGAAGGCCAUUGCUGAAGGAAAACUAGCUGUGUUGCUCUUAUCUGGUGGGCAGGGAACUCGACUUGGAAGUUCAGAUCCAAAAGGAUGUUUCAGUGAGUAUUUUAAUUUUCAUUUGCUUCUGUCAAACAUCCUUGAUUCUUUUGUUGGAUUCUUUCAAGAAAGGGGAGUUUAAUUGAUUCCUUCAAUAUUUCUGUGAAAGAUUCAUUAGGAAUUACAUGUUGGGUCCCCCCGUGCUUCAUUAUACUUGGGUUUCAUGAAUGUGAUUCAACUAGCAGAUGAAUGUUUCCAUUUCUCUAUACACUAACAUUUUUUGAAACUUUAUAAUUUGUUGGUGACGUCUUAUCCAAUUCUAUCAAACUAAAUGACAAGACAAACAUAUAUUAGUGAUCUUUCCUUCAAAGGCAGAUAUUGGACUUCCGUCUGGGAAAUCACUUUUCCAGAUCCAAGCUGAGAGAAUUUUGCGUGUGCAAAGAUUAGCAGCUAGAUCAGCAAAUGAAGGUGCUGGCAUUGUUCCAAUCCACUGGUAUAUCAUGACUAGUCCAUUCACAGAUGAACCCACACGGAAAUUUUUUGAAUGUUAUAAAUAUUUUGGCCUCAAUGAAGAUCAAGUUACAUUCUUCAAACAGGGAACAAUUCCAUGUGUCUCAAAGGAUGGACGAUUUAUAAUGGAGACUCCAUAUAGAGUUGCCAAGUCUCCUGAUGGGAAUGGAGGAGUUUAUACUGCAUUGAAGUAUGAGAAGUUAUUGGAAGAAAUGUCAACGAGAGGCAUUAAAUAUAUAGAUUGUUAUGGGGUUGACAAUGCUUUGGUCCGAGUUGCAGAUCCAACCUUUUUGGGUUAUUUCAUUGAUAAGGGUGUGCCUGCUGCUGCAAAAGUUGUAAGAAAGGCAUACCCACAAGAAAAGGUUGGUGUGUUUGUGCGACGAGGCAAAGGUGGGCCUCUCUCCGUGGUUGAAUAUAGUGAACUGGAUCCACAAUUGUCAAGCGCAACCAACCAGGAAACUGGCCGUCUUCGUUUUUGUUGGAGUAAUGUUUGCUUGCAUAUGUUCACUUUGGAUUUCCUGAAUCUAGUAGCAAAUGGACUUGAGAAAGACAGCAUCUAUCAUCUCGCUGAGAAGAAAAUAGCUUCAAUCCAUGGGCAUACAAUGGGCUACAAACUAGAGCAGUUCAUAUUUGAUGCUUUUCCUUAUACUCCUUCAACAGCACUCUUUGAGGUGCUGAGGGAAGAAGAAUUUGCUCCAGUGAAAAAUGCAAAUGGGACAAACUUUGACACUCCAGAUAGUGCAAGGCUGCUUGUUCUUCGCCUCCAUACACGUUGGGUGGUAGCGGCUGGUGGCUUCCUAACACAUUCAGUGCCCUUAUAUUCAACUGGGGUUGAAGUUUCUCCACUGUGUUCAUAUGCUGGAGAAGAUCUGGAAGCCCUUUGCCGCGGCAGAACAUUCCACGCUCCUUGCGAAAUCUCGUUGUAGAUUUAUUUUUUCUUUUAAAGACAACAUUUUGAACCAAACAAUCAGGUUUUGAAGACAUUCUUUCCCAUUGCUCAAUUUUUUUUGCAUAUUAUAUAUAAUGUUUGUACGACUUUUUCUUUUUCAUAAUUAAUUUCAAUAUCAACU